GCCAACAAAGUCAUAUACUGCAGAAGCGGUGAAAUAAUCACUACAUCAUCCCUGUGUAGAACUGUUACUUUUGCUUACCGCGAUGUAUCCAUUCGACCACAUGGAGGCGCUUGAACAACAGCGAGAAAUAGGAUGCGUGCAUGCAGUGUAACACUCACAGAACGUACCCUGUCCAACUCGAUCACACCUGAUCCCACUAUAAUCAAGGCAGAUGGCAUGUUAAUGUCUACAAAGUUCAUGACUAAAAAAAUAAAUAUUUAUAUUCUGGAAAAAAUGUAAUUUCAAGUACAUAAAGGUGUGUGACCCCACUAGACCCCAACUAUUUAAAAUCAGGAAGAAAUAAAACCUACAGAAAAUGAACACAGAAACCUGUCAUUUGAGAAAAAUGCUAAAACUCUGGCAGAAGGAAAGUUUAAAGACCCCGUCCACUGGAAGAACUGACGCAACUGAGAGCCCUUGAAGGCCCCCGAUAGUGUCUGCUGAGCCAGAGGGCUGUGGCCAUUGUGGAGACCCAGGCUGGAGAUCUUCAGGGCAUCUUCAUCGGUGGAAACGAUGCUGUAUCUGGAGGCACAGAAGAGAAACUAGCAUAACUCUUAUUCCUGUUACACCAAGGACAGAUGUUACGAUCUGGCUGCUGAUUGGCUGGAUGAAGGGUGAUUUGGACUGGAUAAUCCCAAAAGGGCAGAUGAUUACGUCAGCUCAAUGACUUCCACAGCUGGAGGAAAGAGUCCUCUAUGUGGAACACAACAAUAUCUCGCAGAGUCCUUAAAGACUGGAGCCAAUAUGCUGGGUCAUUCAGGUACCUGAGAAUAUCCAGUCAAAUACAACAAAUGACAGGCUGGAUCCUACUGGAUCAUGAUAGCGACCUCUGCUGUAGACUACUACUGCCGUCAGUUCCGGCCCAACACCUUUGACCCCUCCCGCUGUGGCUGCUGUCUGAGGCCGGAUCAUAUGCACCUCAGCACCGACACCACCGCUGCUGCAGCACAGGACGGCACACAAGAGUUGGAUGAAGAUGAUGAUAAUCAUGUGCUGUCUGAGGUGACCUCAAAUGCCAGUAGUGAUGACAUCAGCGGUGGUUGGACCUACGAAUGGAGUCUGGUCCACAGCCUGAGUCCUGAGUGGGAACUUAAUAUCUGUGACCCUGACAUACAAUCCAGUUCUCCAAGUCCCUGCAACUAUCCAGACAGAAGCAGAUCCCUCAGCGCAGGGAGGAACUGUCUAGCCCAAAGAGAUAUGACUCGGUUGGACCCUUCUCCUCAUCGUGGAACUGGAAGCGCCUGGAUGGAUGAGAGGAGUGGCAGAGACAGGUCACGCCGGCCGUCGGAUACCAGAGGAGACAGGGAACAAGAGAGUGGCUACUUCUCUCCAGACAGAAGAGGGGAUAGUCAGCGGCAGAUGGAGGAAGCCAACAAACGGCACUAUCGUUACUACGAGAGGGGACGUCCUCUCCCUACCAACUAUGUUCCCGAGCCUAAAGCCUGUGUCCCCUACAGGAAUGUCAACCUGGGUGUGCCUUCCCAGCGGAGAAAUGAAGACACGUUCAUCCAAGAAUCUUGGAGAAGUGAAUCCCCUGAAAGGUAUAGUUACCACUCAAACUUUAGACGUGGAACUGAGUCAGAGAGGAAUUCACCAACCCGACACAGCUCUGUGAGUCCAGAUCGCUACAAGUUAAUUGAAUCUCCUGUGAUGACCCAGCGAAGGAGCUCCCUCUCCAGGAGUCAAGCUUGUUCCCAUUCCACAUCUCAUGGCUCCUCUCAGCUCCCAUCACAUGGCCCAUCUCGGCAGACAUCCGGCAUGACCAGUCCAAGCCGCAGGAGAGAGUCCAUUAUCUCUCAGACAGUCUCACCUUCUAGAGCCACUCCAUCUCACAGGCAUACUGAUUCCUUCCAUUUGCAGAACGGUGAAUACGAUGCUCAAAGGAGAUACAGCAAAGCCUCAAGGAGUCUGUCACAAGCUUCCAACAAACACAGUUUGGACUCUGAAAGACUCUACAGGAACCUGGAGUCUCUCUCCCGCCGUGGAUCCUCCACCAUACAGAAAAACUCAAAUGAAGGGUCUCAAGCAUCUCCUCGGACAAGAACAGCUGUCAACAGUUCGGCCAACACUCUGUCUCACAACAGUCGUGAGGUAUCUCCGCCCAGAAAUGGCUACAGCACACAAAGCAAACUGAGUCCUUCUCAAGGCUCCUGGCAGGGGUCCUCACACUCCUUACUUAGCCUUCAGCCCUGUCGAGGUUCUUCAGCAUCAAGACAUCAGUUAAGAGGUGUAGACACUCAGGUGCUUGGUGGUUCACUCUCACCGGUUGUACCCACAGAAACUGACAGAUGCAAUAAGGGAAAUAAUAAUGCCAGUGGGGAAAGAAGCAGGAGUACCAUGAGGAGAGGCAUGGAUGCCUUACUGAUCUCUGAACCCAAGAAGGACGCAGUGGAAGUGGAGGAGGUGGGGAUGACCAUGGAAGACUACAUCGUCCUGGCUAAUAUCCCAACGAUCCACCUGGAGUCAGAGGAAGAGCUUCCAGGGCUGAAGAGGAGAAACCAGAGCCCCAGCCCAUGUAGGGAUCACAAGCUUAGGACUUACAGGUAUCAGGAUGAAACAGACAUCUAUGGUUCAAGGUUUGAGUCAGAUGAGAGGGGGAGAGGACGAGAGAGAGGCAGGGACAGACGAGAGAAAUGUCGAGACUCUGAGAACGGACGAUCAUCUCGAAGGCCGUCAACUGCCCCUCUUCAUACACAGAGUUCAAGUUCAGAUUAUCAGAGUGGAACAUACAGAUCUGUUAAGUCAAAGGAGCACGCCUCUCUUGAUCGCCCGCAGACACAGGUGCUGCUUCUGAAGGGGUGGAUGUCCAGACUGGAUGAGCAUGGAGAGUGGAGGAAGCACUGGUUUGUUCUGGGUGAUACUACGCUGAGGUACUACAGAGACUCGGAGGCUGAGGAGUCGGAUGAUGUGGACGGAGAAAUAGACCUGGCAUCAUGUGUGAAUGUGUCAGACUGUGAUGUAGAAAAGAACUAUGGACUCCAAAUACAAACAAAGAGAGCAGUGUUCACUCUCUCUGCUAUAACCUCCAGAAUACGGCGGAACUGGGUGAAGUUACUAAAGCAGGCGAUCCAGAACAACACGCACCAAUCAGACAACAGCAGUGAGAAAGAAAACCCCCUCUUCCACAGAGCGUCUCCAUGCCAACCCCCUGCUCAGUUCACCUGUGAGGACUCUGGCUAUGAGCAUUCCACUGCCACCAACACUACCACAACUGCAAACUCCCAUCAGGCCAACCGCCAAUACCACCACCACGGCCCCCAAACAGCAGACGGAGAUCUGGACGCAGACUUGUCUCAAGCCAGUCAGAGAGAAGAGGGGGAGGGCUGGGACCGUGAACAAGCAAAGCGAUUGGAGGAGAGGAACAAAUGGUUUGAGGAAGGCAUCCCGCUCAGUGAGAUGGGCAGCAGGUGGGACUCCAUGGAGCUGAAAAGCGGGAGUGUACCUGUGCCUGUUAUUGAGGCCAUGGACUUAGAGGUCAGUAGGAAGUGGGUCGAAUUUGAGACGCUGUCGUUUAGGGACAUGACCGCACAGUCUCUCAUUGGAGCCCAGGCCCAUCAGUCAAGCACCCCUCAGGAAUCACAGACUCUCAACAUCCCCAAGACCAAUCAGUCAAUCCCAGAGGACACCAAACAGUCUGUCACCAAAUCAGAAAGUGAUGUGUCACGCUUAUCCAUAAACGGAGCCCAAACUAUUCAAACAAAUACAGCUGAGGCGCUUCAAAAGGAGGCCCUCUCUCUUCGAAAGCAGGUGGAGAGCAUUAAGAGGGAGCGUGCAGGCAUGAGGAUAGAGGUGGACAGCCCGUGUGGCCCCGGGGCCCCCUGUAGGGCCAAACUAGAAGCAAUGGAAGUAGCCCAUCGGAAAGCACUGCAGGAGCUGCAGGAGAAACACAUGAAGGAGAUCAGGGAGCUGGAGGAGCAGAGAGACAAACUGCUGCAGGAGGAGAGACUGGCUGCUUCGAAAGCCAUGGAGGACUUAAAAGCAUCUCACAGAGCAGAGCUGGAGAGAGAGUUGGAGAAGGCAAGUGGGCUGGUGGGAAGAGCUGCACACAUGGACACUCCGUCCAAAGGCCACUUGCCUCAGGCGGAUGUUUUGCACAGUGAGUUAGAUGUGCUGUCAGAGAGAUACUCUCAGACAUGCCUGCAGCUGAACCGCACAGAGCAGAGCAGCAAGAGCCGAGAGACUGAGCUCAGUCAAAAGGAGAGAGACCUGGAGCAGCUCCGCAGAGAAAAUAAGGAGCUGAAAGCCAAGCUGGCCGAAGAGAUCAGGCGCAUGCGUUAUUUCAUCACAGGCCAGAGGUCGGACACAGCAACUCUUGUCAACACUGAGCGCUCUGCAUCAGAAGUAGAGACAUUACUUAGAGCAAAGGAUAAUGAGGUGCAAUAUCUCAGAAAAGAAAUCUGCUUUCUACAGGAUGAAGUCCAGUCUCUUACCAGGGAGAAAGACGCAGCUUGUGAGCGAUAUAAGGAGACCUAUGUACAACUAAGUGACGCAAAGGGUCACAGCCAGUUGGAGAUGGGCUCCCUCAAUGAACACUUAAGACUGACCAACGCUGCACUUCAGGAGGGAGUGAGAAACACCUGACCAACGAGGACAACUGUCAAAAAACAUGCCUUUAAGAACAAAGACAACAAGCAAAUAGAAAAUCUUUACACAAUGUAACCAAAAAAUCAUUACAGUGCAUUCAUAUUAAGUGCUGUUAUGAGUUUAUUUAUACCACAAAGAAGCGCAAGAACAAGAAUUAUGGGGACCUCUGAGCUCUUGGAGACCACCGUGCAAAAACUGUUAUCAAUAAAAAACAACAAAUGUUU